UAUUAAACUUUAUUAGGGAACAACAUCCACAGAAAACGACAAAGAAAAAUUAUUAGAUUUUAAAGAUUUGGGAGAUAUUUCAUCUGGCAACUUAGGAUCUGUGUCUAAUCAAAGUGAAGCUGGUCCAGAUGUUGCACAGUUUACUGAAGAGGAAUUCAGAUCUGCUGCAGAAUUUUUCAAAGAUCCCUCUGCAUUUGAAUUUCUUCAAAAAGCAGGAAAUAGUACUGCUUUACAAGAAUCAACUUUAGCAAGAUUUUCAUUAUAUGUAAAGUUUGAUCCACUUUUGAAAUCAGACUCUCCAGUUAAGCAUCAGUCAGGAAAUAAGAAGAGUGAUUCAUCAAACAAGUGUGUAGAUGAUCAAUGUGUAAAUAAUCAGAUUGAUGAAAAUUUUUCACCAAAACACUUAAACAAAAGUAGUGAUAGAAAUGAUCAAACUUCUGUAGAGAUGGUCGGCAAUAUGGCAAAACAGACUAUUGGAAGUGGAAAAUUGAUUGAUUUCAGCCCCUCACCAAAAAAGAAAGACUCUUGUAAUCCUGCCAAUCAGCAAUUAGAUAAUGGCUCUUCUCAUCCCCUGCAAGAAACAAAAAUGUUUUCUGAGGAUGAAGUCAAUCAAGCUUUGAAAAUGCAAGAAUUAUUGUAUCAAGAAAAAUUAAUAAAAAAAGAUAAGGAGUGGAAUGAAAAGCAAAAAUUAUAUGAUAAAGAAAAACAACAGUUAAAAAACCAGAAUAUUGCACUAAAGCAAGCAUUAGCAGUAGCAAGUUUUGUUGCAUUAGAAAUGUCAAAAAUGUUUUCAUUGUUUAAAGACCAAAAAGAACAAGAAAGGGUGGAAAUGACAGCCACAAAUCAAAGAUUGAUUAAAGAAAGGGACCAAGCAUUAGAAGAUCUACAGAAUGUAGAAUCUGCUUUUGCAGAUUUACAUCGGCGAUAUGAAAAAGCUAAGGGUGUUCUCGAGGGUUACAAACAGGUAAAUUGUAUUUCAUUGCUAUAGGUUUUAAAACUAACU